GAGUCACUUUGGGUUUCCGGUACAAAAUGCGUUCCGUGUACGCCCAUUUCCCCAUCAACGUGGUCAUCCAGGAGAGCGGCACCCUGGUCGAGAUCAGGAACUUCUUGGGAGAGAAAUACAUUCGCCGUGUCCGAAUGAGGGGUGGUGUGCUGUGUUCAGUCUCAGCCGCACAGAAGGACGAGCUGGUCCUGGAGGGUAACGACAUUGAGCUGGUGUCCAACUCUGCUGCUCUGAUCCAGCAGGCCACAACUGUCAAAAAUAAGGAUAUCAGGAAGUUCUUGGACGGCAUUUACGUGUCUGAGAAGGGAACAGUCUUGGAACCGGAACAGUAAAAGUUACACCUACACUCUCGGAGCCCUGAUCCAGCAGACCACCACAGUCGGAAAGAAGGACAUCAGGAAGUUCCUGCGCAGCACAGUGCUAAUGACAAGCUAAUAAGACCAAUAAACUAAUGUGUUUUCCAGUUAA